AUGGACACCAAAGCUCCCGACCCCGAGUCGGUCGCGUCGACUGACGCGUCCAGCACGAAUCCCGCCGACGUGCAGCUGCUGGCCCGGAUGGGCUACAAGCAGGAACUCCGCCGACAUUAUUCCACUCCGCAGGUGUUCGCAGUUGCGUUUAGUAUCAUGGGCUUAGUGCCCUCGAUCGCAUCGACGCUCUCAUUUUCUCUACCUGCAGGUCCAGUCGGUAUGGUUUGGGGAUGGUUCACAGCGAGUUCAUUCAUUUUCUUGGUCGGGCUGGCAAUGGCCGAUCUUGCUUCUGCGAUGCCUACAGCUGGCGGUCUUUAUUUCUGGACUCAUUACUUUGCUGGGACUAAAUGGAAGAAUCCGCUUAGCUUUCUGAUCGGUUACAGCAACACACUAGGCCUAAUUGGAGGCAUGUGCUCCGUGGACUAUACACUCGCGCUCAUGAUCCUCUCAUGCGUAUCAAUCGCACGAGGGGACGGAUGGUCUGCCUCUCGCGGCGUCAUCUAUGCUGUCUAUAUCGGACUGAUUCUUCUUCACGGAAUCUGCGCGUCCCUAGGUGGCCGCAUAAUGCCGAAGAUCCAGACAUGUUGCAUCUACAUAAACAUUGCACUCGUCAUUGCGACAGUCAUCGCAUUGCCAGUUGGAAAGGUCACUCGCGGCGGAUCUCUCAACUCUGGUGAAUUCGUCUACCGCCACAUUGACAAUGAAACAACCUGGCCGACCGGAUGGGGAUUUAUGCUCGCAUGGCUAGCUCCAAUCUGGUCCAUUGCGUCCUUCGAUUCAUGCGUGCACAUGAGCGAGGAAGCUCUGCACGCUGCAAAAGCCGUACCACUGGGUAUAAUAUGCUCGGCCGGCUCCGCAUUCGUACUUGGAUUCCUAGUUCUCUCUAUCAUCGCAGCAUCAAUGAAUCCGGACGUGACUGCGACACUAACCACAGAUUUCGGUCAGCCAAUGGCUCAAAUCUAUUAUGAUGCGCUAGGCAAAGAUGGUGCUUUGGUUUUCAUGGCUAUCUUAUGCUUGACUCAAUUCCUCAUUGGGUUGAGCCUAAUUGUUGCAGCUUCUCGGCAGGCAUGGGCCUUUUCUCGCGACGGUGCACUCCCUUUCUCUGGUUUCUUCCGGCAUAUCAGUAACAGAAUCAAAUACCAGCCUGUCCGUAUCAUUUUCGGUUUAGUGGUUGCAUGUCUUGUGUUGGGUUUGCUAUGCUUGAUCAACUCCGCUGCCACCAAUGCGCUCUUCUCGCUAUUUAUUGCGAGUAAUUAUGUAUCAUGGGGCACGCCGAUUCUUUGUCGCCUGGUCUGGGGCCAAGAUCGCUUUCGUCCCGGUGAGUUCUAUACCGGUCGCUUCAGCAAACCGAUUGCCGGCGUGGCCGUUGUCUAUCUCCUGUUCGGUGUUGUGCUAUCUAUGUUCCCAGCUGAGGGUCCCAAUCCAUCUGCAUCGGACAUGAACUACACUAUCGUCAUCAAUGGCUUUGUCUGGGCUGGUUGUAUGAUAUACUACUUCCUCUUUGCCAGACAUUGGUACACCGGACCGCAGAUGACUGUCGAUGAGAAUGCUUCCACCAGUUCGGACAAUACUAUCGUUGCCCCGAUGGCUUCUGUGUCAGAAGGAAAUGUACCUCGCGAUGGCAGUCGUAAGGAGGAUUGA